AUGCCACUCACGGCGGAGGAACUCAAGGCACAUCCUUCUUAUCAAAACUUGGAAUGGGAUCUGCCGCCGACGAGAGAGGGCCGGGCAGAGGUGGCGAAGGGGCGGAGCGGUGGGCCUUUCAAGCUGAACUGGGAGGUACAUGGAGAUGGGGACACGAAGUUAGUGUGGAUUAUGGGUCUAGGAGCCUACCGUACAGCAUGGAAACGACAGACCAAAUUCUUCGGCCAUGACCACGGAAAGACAUAUGCAUCACUCGUCUUCGACAAUCGCGGCAUGGGCCUCAGCGACAAGCCGACGUGUCGUUAUUCGACCUCGGAGAUGGCCAAGGACAUCGUGGAUCUCCUCAGGCAGAUAGGUUGGCUCGACACCGCCGCAGCAGCAACAACAUCAUCUCCCUCGAAACGCAACCUCCACAUCAUCGGCGUCAGCAUGGGCGGGAUGAUCGCGCAGGAACUCGCGGUGUUGAUCCCACAAUCCAUCGCGAGCCUCAUACUAGUAUCGACGUUCUCACGCAUGGUGCGGACGAUCCCGUUCGUCGAGAACCUGCGGCAGCGCAUCAACAUGUUCGUGCCGCGGGACAUCGACACGCAGCUGCGCGAGAUCGGCCAGCGGCUCUUCUCGGACGAAUUCCUCGCCCUGCCGGACACGGAGCACUCGGCGACCGACCCGACGCUCAACUACCCGACGAACUGGGACCGGUUUGCGGCCAACGAGCUCAAAAAGCGCAGCGACACCCAGGGCUUCACACGCAAGGGCUUCAUGUUGCAGGCCGUCGCGGCCGGCUGGCAUGUCAAGACGAAAGCCCAGUUGUUGGAGAUCAAGCACAAGGUGGGCGCCGAGAGGAUCGCCGUCGUCCAUGGCACGAUCGAUCGCAUGAUUACUUUCAAGCAUUUUGAGAUCAUUCGCGAGGAGAUGGGUGAGGGCCCCACGUAUAGGGUUUGGGAUGGCAAGGGCCAUGUCUUGAUGUGGGAGGAGGAAGAUGAGUUUAAUGCUUUCGUCAAGGAGUUCGUAGAUCGGAGGAGUGCUGGGAAGUGA